GACUAUUGCUUGAGGAGUGGGUCCGUGGCGAAGAAAUGAAGGAAGCAACUGACAUCUUGGAUGACAACUGCGACACAUCAUCGGAUGGACGCCUUGACGGGUGGGAUUUCAACAGCGACCAGUCCCUCAGCAGCCACAGCAGCGACAGCAGCAGCAGCGGUAGUGAGGGCGACGACGCCCAUACGCCUCGCGAUAAAGGUGCGAGCAAGAGCGAUGGCGCCCCUGAACCUGGUGAUCAAGGUGGUGUCGACCAGCCGGCGGCAGCGGCGACCGGUGCUGUAGACCAGCCGGGGGCAGCAGCGGCGACUCGCGCCGCAACGGAGCCGUCGGCAGCCCAACGAAAAAGUGGGAGACAGAACCGUUUCGGCGGCGCGUAUUGUGCGCCAAGACGCCAAUGGGGCAGCAAGGCAAACCACAAAGCCGGGCCAGGACAGAUCGCAAAGGUGUUGCUGCCGGAGGAGGCUGGUGACAGCUUUGCGGCAUUGAAGUUGAAGGGCUCAAAGGGAAAACGUGCUGAACGCAGGGAGAGAUUGCCGCAGCAAGGAACGAGGAGGGCGACGGUGAAGCAGGCGAGGGGCCGCCGCACGCGCAAGCAUUACACCAGGCGCAAGGCACAGCUGAUGGAGACCUACCGCAAAGCCUACGCGAGGCUUCACCAGGCUGAAAAGGGCGGCAGCUUCGAUUCGGUGGUGGAUGAUCCCGAAACGAUGCUUGACAGCACGCGGAUGGUUCACACGUGCCGUGUUAUCAAUGCUGUGAAGACGUUCUUGUUCUUCGAGCUGCAACACGGGGUUGCUAAAAUGGAGCACAGCAGAACCGCCGCCAACUUCGCCGAGGUGGAGUCGAAGGUAGUGCGACGGUGGGUGAAGGAGUUCUGCGAGGACGGCACCUUUCGUGUCCGCAAACGGCAGUACAACAAGCGCCAGCCGCACUCCUACAUCCACGACGAGGACAUCCGGCAGCGCCUCAGGGAGUACCUCGACCAGAAGCUGUUCGACGGGAGAAGAACGCGCCCCGCCUUCGAGUGGCAGGCGUGCAAAAUACUCUCCGAGCUGAAGGCUUUCAGGGGACAGCUCAACAAGGUCGAGAAGUUCUUCAAGGAGGCCGGGUACUUGUGCGUCUUCCUCCCCAAGUACCACCCUGAGCUUAACGCCAUCGAGCGGUACUGGGGGCACAUCAAGUACCUUCUUCGGCUUCACUGCGAAUGCUCCCUCCCCCACAUGCUCGAGAUUCUGCCGGGCACCAUGCGGGACGUGCCGGUGGAGUUCACCCGCGCGUGGAGCAGGGUGACAUGGCCGUACAUUGCUGCGUACGACGACGGCCUUGUGGAGUACCUGAAGAGCCGCGACCUCACUCAGUGGACGAAGCACCAAGAAGCCACCGCCAGGGGGGACCAGGUCGUGGAGGCAAGGGGGGGGGGCAAGACU